AUGAAUCGCGAAGCUGAAUCCGCAUACGAUCGGAGAGAAUAUUCUUCUUCGCGCCUAAAAUAUGAGGAAUCUCUCAAAAAUUUCGAUGACACUCAAGCAAAAAACAACUUCUUGUUCAACAUUGCUAGUUGUUGGGCAGCUGAAGGAUCGCUUGAGAAAGCAUUGAAUAUCAUUAGCACGCUAGAGGAUUCGUCCAAUGGCGACUUGCACUACAACAAGGCUCUAUGCUACUUCAAGUUAUCCAACUUUCUCGAAGCUCUAGAUGAAGUUGAAAUAUGUAUCGAAAAAAGCACUAAAAUGUAUAUGGAACUUGUUCUCGCUGAAGAUUACAAUGAGGCAGAGAACCAUAAGAGAUUGCAACAAACCUGCUUGAUUGAAGCCAUCAAUUUGAAGACAGCUAUUCUAGUAGAGCUUGAUGGAAAUUGGUCACUCGCGGAGAAGUGUCUUAAUAAGCUGCCAGUGAGCACCCAAGAGCUUCUUGACAGUGUAAGCCUACACAAUCAAGCUAUCUGCAACUAUGAGAUUGAUAUUGAUUCAAGCAUUAACAAAUUGUCUUAUCUCUGCAGAUUAGCAAUCGAUAAUAGCCAAUCCGAAAUCGAGCAAGUUGAUGAUGUGAUAGUAUUUGUGCCUAAUGAGUGCUUCGUUAAUCUGUUGAUACUAUACUCUCUUAGUGGUCGAAAUGAAGCCGGGCUUGAAUUUUUGCGCACAUUUAGAGGCCAUAUCGAGAAGAGAGUUCCAAAAGAAGUGUUACAAUUUCUUUCCAUUCAACUAGAGCACCAAACCACAGCCUCUGAUGAAAUUGUUUACAGCAAAUUAGAUCGACUCUUAAAUAAGACAAUCGAUAUGGUUCAACAAGAUAAUGUAAGAGAGUUGAUUUUGAGCAUUGUUACUUAUCAAGGAUCGAUGCUCUGGAAUGGCGGACAUUAUCGGCUUUUGGAAAAGUUACUAUUAAAAGUGAAGCUGGUCCUUGGAGAUGAUGAAAUAUGGAAAAGAAACUUGGCGCAUGUUAUAUUCAUGCAGGACACUCGAUAUGACGAAUGCAUUCAGCUUUACGAGAAUCUGUUGGAAACAACUGAUUCAGAUAGUUUGCUUAAAGUAAAUGCGGAUAUACUGAGUAACUUGUGUGUUGCUUACGUGUUGACUGGAAGAAAUGGAGAUGCCGAAGCGUUAAUCAAGAAUGUUGAAGCUGAAGAGCUGGAAGUGGCAGUUCAACAACAAGGCGAACUAACUGACAUUCACCUUGAUGACGAACAGAUCCAUGUCGAAUCAACUUGUCAACUCGAAACCUCUCAUAUGUGUAGGAUUAAUUUAUGUAUCGGUACAUUAUAUUGUGUCAAGAACAAUCACAAGUUUGGCUUGAUGAGGAUGUUCAAGAGUUUAGAGCCUCUAAAGAGGCACCUAAACAGCGAAAACUGGCUUCAUGUAAAAAGGUGCAUCUUGGCGCUCUUAGAUGGCCACUGUAAACAGAUGACAUGGGCCAAUGAUGACAUCCUCAACCUAGUCGGCUCGUUUCUCAUGCAGUGCGAAAAGCAUGGCAUUCAAGUGGACGCCAGACAAUCUGAUUGGCUGACGAGUGACUCUAACAAACAAACCAUCGAUACGAACACCCUUGGUCAGUUUCAUGGACGAAACUCGGUAACUUAUGAGGCGAGAUACUUACGGUCGAUAGUAUUGACUUUGGUACAUGAUUGA